AUGGCGACCAGAAGAUACUCUAUUCACAGUCAUGGCGUCCUUACUGGGCAGCAGAGUAGCGGGGUCAACUACGGCACCGCCAACGGCACCGCCCCGGGGGAGACGGUCAAGUACCUCUGGCAGAUCCCGGCACGCUCCGGCCCCGGCCCCAACGACCCCAACUGUAUCCCAUGGAUGUACUACUCGGCUGUUGACACGGUCAAGGACGUGAACUCUGGCCUUGUUGGCACUGUCAUCAUCUGCAGACCUGGCACCUUGUCCCUGACCUCCAAGAGGACGGACAUUGACCAGGAAAUGUUUGUCUACAUGUCCGUGUCUAACGAGAACCUGAGCUGGUACCUGGAGGACAACAUCCGGAUGUUUGCACCUGGUCGUGUAGGCACUGAUUACAGGAACGAUCCAUCGUUUGAAGAGAGCAACAAGAUGCACGCCAUCAACGGACGUGUCUACGGCAACAACCCCAACUUUGUGCUGGAGUACGGUACGAAGGUCGCGAUGUACAUGAUGUCGCUAGGCGCGGAGAUUGACCUGCACACCAUGCACCUGCACGGACACACCUUCGUCCACACCAGUGAGAAGCACCGAGAUGACGUCAUCCAGAUCUUCCCCGGCAUGGCCGAGUCGGUAGAGCUGAUCGCAGAUAAUGCGGGCACCUGGCUCAUCCACUGUCACGUGAUGGACCACAUCUUCGCCGGCAUGGAGACGACCUACACCGUCCUUGAACCUGGUGAGUGA